UCCCCGUCCACCUGCGAACCCCUCCUCAUCUUCGCCAUUAGAGCGCGCGCGCAAGCAUUCAGCGGCGAAGUUUCUAGAAGGUUCGAGAUGAAGGUGAUCGAGAAGGUCCGGGAGGCGGCGGAUGAGUGCAGGACGGUGUUCUCGUUCGAGUACUUCCCGCCCAGGACGGAGGAGGGGCUCGAGAACCUGUUCGAGCGGAUGGACCGCAUGGUGGCGCACGGCCCGGCCUUCUGCGACAUCACCUGGGGUGCCGGGGGAUCCACCGCCGACCUCACACUCGAAAUCUCCAACCGCAUGCAGAACAUGGUGUGUGUGGAAACUAUGAUGCACCUGACAUGCACAAACAUGCCAGUAGAGAAGAUUGACCAUGCUUUGGAAACCAUCAAGUCUAAUGGGAUUCAAAAUGUUUUGGCACUUAGAGGAGAUCCCCCACACGGGCAAGACAAAUUUGUGCAAGUUGAAGGUGGAUUUGCUUGCGCUCUUGAUCUGGUGCAGCACAUUAGAGCCAAGUAUGGUGAUUAUUUUGGCAUAACUGUAGCUGGUUAUCCAGAGGCACACCCUGAUGCAAUACAAGGCGAGGGAGGUGCUACGUUGGAAGCAUACAGCAAUGAUCUUGCCUAUUUGAAGAGAAAGGUUGAUGCUGGCGCUGACCUUAUUGUUACACAACUUUUCUAUGAUACUGAUAUCUUUCUCAAGUUUGUGAACGACUGCCGUCAAAUUGGUAUAACUUGCCCCAUUGUUCCUGGCAUAAUGCCAAUAAAUAACUACAAAGGUUUCCUGCGCAUGACUGGAUUCUGCAAAACUAAGGUACCAGCUGAGAUCACAGCUGCUCUAGAUCCUAUUAAAGACAAUGAGGAGGCUGUUAAAGCAUAUGGAGUCCACCUUGGAACUGAGAUGUGCAAGAAAAUAUUAGCUAGUGGCAUCAAGACUUUGCACCUUUACACACUAAACAUGGAGAAGUCUGCUUUAGCUAUUUUGAUGAAUCUUGGAUUAAUUGAGGAGUCUAAGGUUUCAAGGCCAUUACCUUGGAGGCCGCCAACUAACGUUUUCCGUGUUAAAGAGGAUGUCCGGCCUAUAUUCUGGGCUAACAGACCAAAGAGCUAUAUUACAAGGACCUUAGGUUGGGAUCAGUACCCACAUGGGCGGUGGGGUGAUUCCCGAAACCCAUCAUAUGGAGCACUUAGUGACCACCAGUUCACACGGCCACGUGGACGCGGUAAAAAGCUCCAAGAGGAAUGGGUUGUUCCACUGAAAUCUGUAGAGGACAUUAGUGAGCGUUUCAUGAACUUCUGUCAAGGGAAACUUACAAGCAGCCCAUGGUCUGAAUUGGAUGGUCUUCAACCAGAGACAAAGAUUAUUGAUGACCAGCUGGUGAAGAUUAACCAGAAGGGCUUCCUUACCAUCAACAGCCAACCUUCUGUAAAUGGGGAGAAAUCUGAUUCUCCUACUGUUGGAUGGGGUGUCCCAGGAGGUUACGUUUAUCAGAAGGCCUAUCUUGAAUUCUUUUGCGCAAAAGAGAAAUUGGACCAACUAAUUGAGAAGAGCAAAGCAUUCCCUUCUCUCACAUACAUAGCUGUGAACAAGGAAGGAGAAACAUUCUCGAACAUUCCAGCGAAUGCCGUCAAUGCUGUGACAUGGGGUGUUUUCCCUGGCAAGGAGAUUAUCCAGCCCACCGUCGUUGAUCCGGCAAGCUUUAUGGUUUGGAAAGACGAAGCAUUUGAAAUCUGGACAAGGGGAUGGGCUAGCCUGUUCCCCGAGGAAGACUCAUCUAGGGAGCUACUAGAGAAGGUUCAGAAGAGCUACCACUUGGUCAGCCUUGUGGACAACGACUACAUCCACGGGGACCUCUUUGCUGCGUUCAAGGAGAUCUGAGGAUGCCUUGUAGUCUGAAAUCUUGUUGUAUGGCUAAAUCCCUACCUUAAUAAGUAUUUCCUGCUUACACGACUACAGGGUCUGAUCACCGUGAAAGCGUUGCUCAUUUGACAUUGCGGGAGUCCUGGUCUGAUUUUUCGUGAUUUGUAUCAGCUUAUCCAAACCAUCCGAUUUCAAUAAAAAGAAUUGAGCUGUGUUCUCUUCCCAUUUGCAAAUGGCGCAAUGUCUAGUUCUAGUUUAAUCUUGUUUGAUGCUUUCGGUGAUCGAAAAGACAAUGUAUAAACAAAGAAGUUGAAUGAAAUGCGUAAAUUGUGUCUGAA